UUGCUGAACUGCCACUGUUGGGCAAGUUCGUGGCCUCUCUGCACCAGAUGCACUCAAGCAUAACAUGUUUUCUGAGCUGGGCUUGGCCAAAUGGGUUCACACAGCCAGUUCUAGCUUACGGGAUGGAAGCGUGGCUUCGCACGAUACAUGAGCGCAGUGAUUCCAUGGAAAAGGGAGCCUCCGCCUAGCGAGUCUGUGGUCUGCAGCACGCGGGCAACUGUUAUGCUGUAUGACGAUGCCAAUAAAAAAUGGGUUCCGGCAGGAAGUGGUCCCCAGACCUUCAGCCGCAUCCAGAUCUACCACAGUCCUGCCAACAACACCUUCCGGGUGGUGGGUCGCAAGAUGCAGCCGGACCAGCAGGUGGUCAUCAACAGUCCAAUCGUGAAGGGGCUGAAAUAUAACCAGGCCACGCCGAACUUCCACCAGUGGCGGGAUGCCCGCCAAGUCUGGGGUCUCAACUUCAGCAGUAAAGAGGAUGCCAGCCAGUUUGCCAGCGGAAUGAUGCACGCCUUGGAGGCCCUGGAUUCGGGAAACUCAGCACCCCCCCUGCGCCCAGUCCAGAAUGGACCCACUGCUGAUGAAGUCGCAGAGCAGCAGAAAAGGCACCAGCAGCAGCUGGAGAAGGAGCAGCAGGAGCAGGCUGAGCGGGAACGACGGGUGACGAUCGGAGCACCUUUGGUCGCCUCUCCAGGGGGAGGCCCUCCGCCACCCCCAGGCCCCCCUCCGGCCCCCCCCGGGCCUCCACCAGGACCUCCGGGGCCACUGCCAGGAGCCCUCACCGGCCCGCCCCCUCCUCCCGGGCCACCCCCUCCUCCGGGGCCACCGCCCGGCCUUCCAUCCCAGGCCACGGGGGAGCAGAGCUUCCCCGCCAGUGUCCUCCGGCACUCUGUCUGUGGGAGAGAAGGGGUGCCGCAUGUCAGGAGGGCACUGGGCUGGGGGAGGCUGCCUCACCCCCGUCUUCUCCUGCAGGAGGAAGGAGCAAAGGCCACCCCUGGCAGUGGAGCUCCCCCCAGCGGUUCUGGCGGAGGAGGACUCAUGGAAGAAAUGAGUGCCAAGUUAGCCAGGCGAAGGAAAGUUGCAGAGCAAAGCGAGAAGUCCAUUCCAAAGAAGGAGGAAGGCCCUGCGCCCCAAGAGGACGCUGAAGCCACUGGUGCCAAGCCCACAGAUGCCUUCCGGAGGCCUUGGGAGAAGACCAGUACGACAUUACCCAGGAUGAAAUCUGCCGGAGCGAUUACUGGCGGGGAGCCCACGGGUGGUGCAGGGGAUGAAUCCGAGUUGGAGCGGGUGAAACAGGAACUUCUGCAGGAGGUUCGGCGUGAACUACAGAAGGUGAAAGAGGAGAUCAUUCAAGCGUUCAUCACGGAACUUCGGAAGCGGGGAUCCCCGUAGCCUCCAGACCCUGCCGGUGCCACUCGGAGCCAGCAGCUUCUUUCUCCCUCAUGUGCAGAAGAGAAUAAAAAGAAAAAACGCAAAGGCCCCCAUCACCUUUCCGGCCCCCUCACGCACCAGACAGCUCCACGCGCCCCCUUCCCUGUCGGCUCCCCGGCCUUUGGCUCCCACCGUGCAAUUUUGGGGUGGGGGAGAGGGACAAUCUGUGCUAGCCCCCCACCCCAGGAAGGGCAGGACCCCCACCUGUGCCUUACCCAGAGCAAUAGCAGGAUCCUCCUUCCUCCCCCCCAGCCCCCCGCAAGGAAGGAAGCAGGCCUCUUUCCUGGAGGAUGGGGCUCCUCCUCCCCCUUCUCUGGGCCAGCCCCAGUCCCAGGGCUAGGGUUAGUCCCUCUGCCCCCCCGCCCCCCGCAUUUGUUGGCUGUCUAACAAGAACUGUGUUUGGUUUCCUCCCUUCCUCCCCCCGCCUCAGAAGGGUGUGUGCAGCCCAGCCAAAGGAGGGGAUGGGGAAGCGCCACCAGGAGAUGCCCUGGAUUAAAGUCACCCCUCCUGCUUAAGCCAACAGGAGGAGGCUCCAUUCUUGCAGCCACAGUUGCAAGGGUCAGACCGGGCAUUUGUCCUGGGGUUGGGGUGCAUCUCCCCCCCCCACCCUCCUGGGAGCAUUUCUGAGCACCCUCCAUUUUCCUUCGGCAGAAGAGGCUGCAUGAAGUGACGGAGCAGAGCAGAGGCAUGGAGAGCAAGGUCCCGAGGCUGCAAACAGGGUGGCCUGUUGCAGCUGGCAGGGAGCCCUUGGCCCCGGGGUGCUCCUUGCCAGCACCCAAAUUUGUGAGCGCUGCUCCUGCGGAGUGUGCCCCCGCUUCCAAAGAUGGAGCUCUUCUGGGCGAGGAAAGGGCCCUGUCAGUCCCUCCACACGCUUCCCAAGAUCCUUUCCUCAUUUCACGUAUUCUGCUGGUUUCACUUGGUUUUGUAACUUUUAAUUUUAUGCAAGGGGAGAGGGCAGUUUUUAGAAUAUUUUAUCAAAUGCCCCCACCCCUCUGGGUAUUUUUUUUAAAUAAACAUGUUUUCACCCUUCUACCUCCUUCAGGCCAUGGAGGGGAAACAGGGCGGGCUCUUCGCUUUUCUACUGAGCUGUAAUUUUUUGACUUUGUUUUUGUCAAGCUGGAUAGAAUAUUAUAUUUUGAUUUUAUUAUUAUUAUUGUUAUUACUGAUCUGCUGGGUAUAUCUGCCCGACUUCUUUCCACCCUUCCGCCACACAGCACGCGCUCGCCUGCAGAUGGGCACUAGGAUCUCGGGCACGUCCACCAGACUUCUCUUACGAAUAAAACUUUUCCUUUUUGU